CGAGAGUGCUCCUGGUUAGUCAGGAGAAGCAUCUGCUGUGCUGUUAGCUAAACAUAUCUACUAAGGUUGAGGGCAGUUAUUAGGGUUUUGUUCGACAGAGUCAGUGUUGAGGACUUGGUUGGCCAAGAUGGCGUCUGACACGCUGAUUUCUAGGGGUAUAAUGACCUUUUACCCCACAAUUGAAGAGUUCAAGAACUUCAACCGCUACAUUGCGUACAUGGAGUCCCAAGGUGCACACAAGGCAGGCCUGGCCAAGAUCGUCCCGCCCAAAAACUGGAAGCCUCGACGUUCGUACGAUGACAUUGAUGACCUACUAAUACCUGCACCAAUUCAGCAGGUUGUGACUGGGCAGUCAGGGCUGUUCACCCAGUACAACAUCCAGAAAAAAGCAAUGACUGUGAAAGAGUUCCGUAAAACAGCCAACAGUGACAAGUUUUGCAGUCCUCGGUAUGAUGAUUUUGAAGAGCUUGAAAGGAAAUACUGGAAAAAUGUAACCUUUAACCCUCCUAUCUAUGGAGCUGAUGUUAAUGGGACCCUGUAUGACACAGAUGUCAAAGAAUGGAAUAUAGGGCACUUGAAUACCAUCCUUGACACCGUGGAGCAUGAGAGUGGAAUCACUAUAGAGGGAGUAAACACACCCUACCUCUACUUUGGAAUGUGGAAAACCACUUUUGCUUGGCACACUGAGGACAUGGAUCUCUACAGCAUUAAUUACUUGCACUUCGGGGAACCAAAGUCGUGGUACUGUGUGCCUCCCGAACAUGGAAAAAGACUGGAGCGGUUAGCCAAAGGCUUUUUCCCUGGAAGUUCACAAAACUGUGAAGCAUUUCUUAGGCACAAGAUGACUCUUAUUUCUCCCUCAAUUCUAAAGAAGUAUGGCAUUCCUUUUGAAAAGAUCACUCAGGAGGCUGGAGAGUUCAUGAUAACGUUUCCAUAUGGCUAUCAUGCAGGGUUUAACCAUGGUUUCAACUGUGCUGAAUCUACCAACUUUGCCACAAGGCGAUGGGUUGACUAUGGAAAGCAAGCCAUACUGUGUUCUUGUAGAAAAGACAUGGUGAAGAUCUCCAUGGAUGUGUUUGUAAGGAAAUUUCAGCCUGAACGGUACGAGCUGUGGUUGUCGGGGAAGGACAAUGCUCCCAUUGACCACUCCAAGCCUAUGCCUGAAGCAGCUGAGUUUUUAGGUGGAGAGGCUGGGAAGAGUGGUGCUCAGGAACUCUGCAACGUUAACCAAAGUAGUGAGGGACAAAAAAAGAGCUUGGCCAAACAAAGGAUAGGAACCAAAAGACACAGGGUGUGUCUGGAUUUACCAGAGGAAGUUCUUCCAAAGAGUGAAACAAAUGAUGAGGAGGUUGAAUAUGGCAAGAAGAGCCGCUUGACUACAUACACAGAACAAUGCAGAGAGUAUCCAGAAUUGAAAGAUGAAGAUGACGAUGACCUGCUGCCUCUGAUGGGUUCAACCAGUUUAAAGAUGCUUCCUGGUUCUAGAAGCCCUGCAUCUGGGGAGCAUGUUAGGGGCGCAGGUUUAAGUGCCACAAACCCGUUCUCAGCCUGUUCACAGUCCUUCCCAAAGCGUCAUCUCUGUAUAGCAUCUGUCCCUACUGUCCCUCACUGCCUGUCAGCCGUGCCACGGAUUUCCACCAAACCAGGGGUGGCAAGCCUUCUUUUUCAUCGGACCCUGAGCCCUUCAGAUGCCCUGCAGGUCCACAGCUAUGCAGCCAGAUCAGUGCUCUAUAAACCUCAACAACCCAGCAAAGAGAAACCCAGAGAAGACCUCAAUGAGUCAGACAUCAAACCGGAUGUGAGGCCAAAUACGCCACAACCAAACACAAAGCUUGAAAUCGAGGGAGAGAAAGAGAAUAAGAGCAUGAAGAGGAAACUGCAGCCACUCAGUAAAUUGCCACGCUUGCAUCCCCUGCUCAGAGAAAGCUCCAGUGAUGAAGAGAUUCAAGAGCCAGCAGCUGAGCCAGAGGAGACCGAUCACUGGGCCAGACUCCUGGCUCCCAUGUGGCAAAGCAAGCCACGCAACUUUAGAGUUGAGAAGGAUUUUAACUUUCGCAUGGGCCAGCAUCCUCCGUACUGUGCAGUGUGUACCCUCUUUCACACGUACACAGAGGGUGAUGUAAUCGGCCUGAGCCAGAGUGGUUCAGCAGCUGAAGGAGGAGACAUACAGAGGACCAAGCCACUGAUUCCAGAGAUGUGCUUCACCAGCAGCUCUGAAGGACACCUGUCCACCCCGAAUCUGGAGGAAGAUGGCACUAGCCAACUCGUCAGCUGCUUUGAGUGUAGUGUGCGUGUACAUACAAGUUGUUACGGUGUUUCUCAGGAUGCUAAUCUGGACGAGUGGAGAUGUUCCCGCUGUGAAGCUAACGCCAUUACUCAGGACUGCUGUUUAUGCUCUCUGAGAGGAGGAGCUCUGCAGAAGGCCAACAAUGACAAGUGGGUUCAUGUAUUAUGUGCCGUAGCAGUGCUGGAGGCUCGCUUCGUGAACAUUGCAGAGCGCAGUCCUGUCGAUCUCAGUAAUAUCCCGCUUCAGAGAUUUAAGCUGAAAUGCCAGUUCUGUCGUAAGUGGGUGAAGAAGAGCACGGGUUGCUGCGUGCAAUGCUCACACGGCCGCUGCUCCACUUCCUUCCACCCGACCUGUGCGCAGGCAGCUGGAGUUCAAAUGCACCCGGAUGAUUGGCCAUUCGUUGUUUACUUUACCUGCUGGAGACAUAAGGGUGGCAUCCAUGUAGAGCGCAAUAGAGCAUCUAUGCGGGAGUUGGAGAAGGGACAGAAAGUAAUCUGCAAGCACAGAAAUAGCCGAUACUACCAUUGUGAGGUGGUUGAGCUGACAAAGGCCACCUUUUAUGAGGUUAUCUUUGAUGAUGGCUCAUUCAGUGACAACCUGUUUCCUGAGGAUAUAGUGAAUAGAGACUGCAGGCAGCUCGGCCCGCCAUCGGAGGGAGACGUAGUUCAAGUACGCUGGACAGAUGGCCUGAUCUAUGGAGCCAAAUUUGUGUCUGACCAUAUCAUCCCAAUGUACCAGGUGGAGUUUGAAGAUGACUCUCAGCUUACUGUAAAGAGGGAAGACGUGUACAGUUUGGACGAGGAGCUGCCCAAACGCAUUAAAGCCCGCCUGUCUGUGGCAUCGGACAUGCGCUUCAAAGGAGUGUUUGUGGAGAAGGAGGUGAAGCAAGACUCGAAAAGACAGCGGGUGAUCAAUUCCCGCUACAGAGAGGAUUACAUCGAACCAGACAUAUACAGAGCCAUCAUGGAGUAACUUACUCCACACAGACAAUGUCUUCAACAAACAGAUCAAUUCGCCAGCUCCGCCAACAACUUAAACAGAAAAACAGGCUGGACCAGACAUCUCUGUGUUUAAAGUCGACAAACAUGUCAUCACAUGAUCAGACAACUGCAAAUACAUGUCCACCACUGAGCCUUUUGUUUUUAAAAACACCAAGAUCAAGUUUUAGACCUUCAGGCUUAGUAUGAAUUCUCAUUGAAGUGAUCUUACUGUGAACGGUCUUUGGCCAGCACAGAUGAGAGUCCCAGAGAUUAAAUGCUAGGAAUGUCUUGUGUAAGAGUGUUUGUUUGUUUGGACUGCACACGACCGGCUCAGGCUCAACGGGGGCGUUGGAUGGCUAAUGGACUCCUACUAUCUUCAGUCAGGUGGUGGUAAUGUUUCAACUGUUUUUAAUCACCUCCCUGCAGACCCACCGGCUGACUGCACACAAACAGACCUUUAGACGGUCAGACAAAUCUUUAGUCAGUGUGGAUGCGCCGUCCCACUGACCUUUUUUUUUUUUAUAGGUCUUAAAGUGCUUGGCAAUAUCUGAAUCUCAUGGAUGAAUCUAGUCUUUAUUAGUACGAGCAGCUCUCAUGUGUGAUCUACUGUAAACAUGGGACAUUAUAGAAAACUAGCUUUAUACUCUCACAUUUAGGUGGAUACAGCAGCUUUGGAUUUUGUUUUAUUUAAUUUAUAUUUUUGUUGAAGUGAAAGGAAUGCUAGUUUCCUUAUUGCAUAUUAGUUCUGGAUUAACUUUGUUUGUAAAAAAAUGUAUUUAUAUGUGUUCAAGCCAGAUUUUCUCUACUUUUUCUACUCUUAGUUGCUUAGUUACUAUGCCAACACAGGUAAGAGUGACUUGUGACCAGUCACCAGUCGAACUGGUGCAUUUAUCCACAUUUAUUUUUACCUCUUCAGUUCUGAGUUUCAUAGUACUUAAGGCAGGGAAGGCAACUUCUCGAAGCACUCCAUUUAGAGAGUGCCAAAGAGAUGCCUCAUUUGAAUCACCUACAUUAUAAAAAAAAUAAAAAAUAAAUGUUUUGUGGAGAUUCCUUUAGUUGUGUUGCAUUACAGAUCCUUGUCUUCAGUUGUUUUGUGCAGUAGGCAUUACACUCCUUUGACUUGGAAUAUAGAUCCAUUGUUAAUUUAAGGCUAAAAACUUUAUUUUUAAAUUAAAAGCAAUGUCUCCUAUCU